AAGCUCGCGACAGCGCAGAAGAGCAACCAGACUGCACCUUACACCCUUCACCAAAUCGGCCCCAUCAGUGGUGACUCGACAGUAUGCCGGUUGUCGAGCUAUUGACUUCUCAAAUACGGAACAGCCCUCUCCUUCUGGUGGCGGUUGUACCGACACUGCUCAUCUUUGCUUGUGUCAUUGUCUAUGUACAGAAUGCCUCUGGGCUGCGCUCAUAUCCAGGUCCAUUCCUCGCCAAUUUCACGGACGCUUGGCUGUUCUGGGUGGUAAGCCGCAACCGUUGGUCGAAGACGGUAGACGAGCUUCAUCGGAAAUACGGCACCUUUGUUCGUCUCGCCCCGAACCAUGUCUCCAUCUCCGACCCGAAGGCACUCCCUGCGAUAUACGGUCACUCGGCCGGCUUCAUGAAGUCGGAAUUCUAUGACGUCUUCGGUCCCUUCACCGUCAGCAACAUCUUCACCACUCGAUCUCGCACUGAGCACGCACGCAAGCGGCACAUGGAAGCGCACAUGUUUGCACCGCAGAGCAUCCGGGCGAUCGAGCCCAUCUCCCACUCACACGUCUCCGAGCUCCUUCGCCAGUGGGACUACCUCGUCUCCCGCGUGAAGGAAGCCCAGGGCGUAGGUCCUCGUCAAGGACUGCUUGGGUCAGCUGCGUGGACCGUGGAAGACGGCCGUGUAUGGUUCAACGCCAUGGAUUGGUGCAACUAUUGGGCAUUCGAUACCAUCGGUGACCUUGCAUUCGGUUACCCCUUUGGGAUGCUCAAGUCUGGUAAGGACAUCGCAAGGGUCGCAAAGAACCCUGAAGAAGGCUUCAAAGCGAUCGAGAAAAUGUCCCAGGGCUGUGGCGAGCUUUCGAUCGAGGAAGAAGAAAUACCUUACAUCGAAAUCCUCAGUACGCGUGCUGAUGGGAAUGCGUGCCUUGGGUGGCUCCCGCGGCACUGGCGGACAAUUGUGCAGCGGUUCCCCGGCAGCGGUUACAACAGCCACGCGGCGUCGGGUAAAAAGCUCGCAGCUCUGGCAACCAUGGCUGUUGCGCGCCGCAUGGCCAAUUUGAAUUCGAGUGGAAGGCCGGAUAUGCUACAGAAGCUGUUAGAGGUGCGGGACGACGAGGGAAACCCCUUGAAGCCGGAGGAACUGGGCUCGGAGGUCAUCGUGCUGAUCGUGGCGGGCUCGGACACCAUUGCGAACACUACGUGUGGAACGAUCUACUACCUGGCCCGUGAGAAGCGCGUGCAGGCGAGGCUGCAGGAGGAGCUGGAUGCUGCCCUCGCUGAUGUGGAUUCCGACGUAGUCCCGUACGACGUCGUCAAGGACCUGCCUUACCUCGAAGCGGUGAUCCUCGAGGGGCAGCGCCUGCACUCGACCGUAGGUGCCGGAUUGCCUCGCGUCGUACCCGCCGGCGGCGCUACAGUACUGGGGCAUCAUUUCAAGGAGGGCACCUGUCUCAGUGUUCCUCUUUACCAUCUCCAUAGGGACGAGUCUAUCUGGGGCCCGGAUGCGCCCGAAUUUCGGCCUGAACGCUGGAUCGAGGCCAGUCAAGAGAGGAAGAAGGAGAUGACAGCCGCGUUUGCUCCUUUCUCCGUUGGUCCCAGGGCAUGCAUCGGUCGCAACCUGGCUAUCAUGCAGCUCCAUAUUAUCUUUUCCACGCUCUUCCGUCGCUACGACUGCUCUCUCAAGCCUGGUGCUCCGCCGCUGCAGAGCCGGGACUCGUUCGCUCGGAGACCACUCAACUGCGUAAUUGGCAUCAACCGCAGGAAACACUAAAUACUCCACGUUGAUAGGCCCGGUAUCGUGUCACGCGAGCAAGUUGACAUUCGGCAUCCUGACGUUGGUUACCCUUGGGUUGGAUCAGGUCAUAGUGUUGCUUCUCACUGGCAUGAACCGUGCACUGAUGUAGUUCUAUUCACUCUGCGUCGGUCGUGCAAUACAAACACAUUGAUGCUACCCCUUCUCUCUGGUAC